AUGGCAGAGGUCUUUGGAAUAGUGACCGGUGCCAUCGGCCUUGCGGGCCUCUUUCGGCAAUGCAUAGAAUGCUUCGAGUAUGUGCAGUUGGGUCGACAUUUCGCCCAAGACUUUGACCGGUAUCAGUUGAAACUGGACAUCGCCGAACGGAGACUACAUCGGUGGGGAGAAGCUGUCAACAUCAAUGAGAAUCCUCGAUUCAACGCCGCAGACGAAGAUGAUACACUGGUUGAAGAGGUUCAAGCCAUCCUGGAAGAGAUCGCUCGGCUCUUCCAAACUAUCCAAAAGUCCUCCAAGCGUUACACAAUCAAAGCCCCAAGGGAGAUUUCCAGUGUCUGA